CCUGGCUCAGUGCCUCGGAGAAGGCCGUGCCGGUCUUCCAGAGGGGUUGUGGGGUGCAGGGCCGCUUGCCCCCAGUGGGGGUGGAGGAGCCGUAAUUAAUCCGAUUAGCGUCUUCCCUGCCUAUGGGAUGAGCAGGGAAGCCUGGAAAGAAGCCCUUGUUUAGGUAGGGUGUGUCCUGCGGUUGAACAUGGGAGAUUUUGGCUGCAUACUUCUAAAGUCACUUUAAAUGUCACUGUGCACCAUUAACCAUGGUGACACGAUAGUGAGGAAAAUUUUCUCUUAAAAGUUUGAAGGCUUGCUCACAAGGUCACUUCUUGUGCUUACAUAGUGAAGUGAAGAGGGCGUUCUAUUGUUUGCUCUUGAAUGAUGUAAAUCAUUAUUUGGCCCAUUUCCUUUAAAAGAGAGAAAUCAGAGGUGGCUUAUAAAUUUCUUCAAUAGACCGUGUCUGUAGAGGGACAUUGCUCUUGUUGAUACUGUGCCCACCACAGAGUAAGCUUUUACUUGGGGAGUAAAGACAGUGUUGGUUGACAGUGAAGAGAUUCUCUCUUCUGGCAAACUUGUCAGAAUACAUGUUAGAGUUGAUGCUUAGUAGCCCAUUGUCUUGGAAGCUAUGUUCCUUCAAAUAUUCCUUAAUUACUAUUUUGGUGCAGUAGAAAGGGAUUAAGAGGUCCUACUGGAGUCCAUAUUAAUGAUCUGAGGUGAUGUUUCUGACUUCCUGCAAGUAUCAGCUAUAUGUGGCUGCCUUGACAGCUACUGAUAUUACUAGUCUAAUGAAUUCAUCUUUUUUCAUAGUUAGGGUUGAGUGUUCUGCUUUUAGAAAGGGAGAGCCCUUUUUUUAAUGAAAGAAAAAAAGGGGAGACCCAAGAUGUAUUACUGUAUCUGCUCUCUGCUGCCUUCAGCAGAAGGUGCUGCUCUGUUUGUUAGGAUGUGAGAUUGCCAAGGGCUACUGAGGCAUCUGUGUUGCAUAUAGGGCGGUAGCAAAUCACAGAAUCAUAGAAUGGUAAGGUUGGAAGGGACCUCUGGAGAUCAUCUAGUCCAGCACUCAGUGUAGCCCAUAUAGGGAUUGAACCCACGACCUUGGCAUUAGCAGCACCACACUCUGACCAAAAUUUUGAUCUUCUGAUCUGUUUCAGGGCUGUAAUUUCUGAUCUCUUGAUGUUUUGGGUCUGGUUUAGAAUUUAUCACAUGACAUUAAAAGAUAUUACAAACUGAUUAUUGUUUUCCUGCGCAAUUUGCCAAGAUCCCAAGCUGUCCUCUUUGUCAGAUGUCUCAAAGUCAAAGGAGCAAGAGAGUUUCAUGUAAUCUCUUCUGGAGGUAGUAUGGGCUGUUUAAGUUCUUGUUAACAUUAAUAUAUGCUGUUCCAGGGGUUUGGUUGGUGCCAUUUCCUCUGGAAAAGGCUUUGUCUCAGGAUCGAGACUCCUGCUGGCUGAAAAUGGCUCUCCUUGCUCUCUGAAAAACUCUGAUUAUUCAUUUCUUCUUUGGUGUUAAUCUGUUCUUAUUUGAACUUUAUCAGGUCUCCAUGACCUAACAAAACUUGUUGUAGUUCAAUAAUUCCUUAAAUGAGAUUUUAAAAGGCAAGACUUCAUUUAUUCUUUUCCGUCUUCUUAAUAGUGUGUUUUUCUUGUUACCAAGUUAAACCUGAAGGGGAUUCUUUCCAGAGCUGACCUUUUUGUCAGCUGACUUGAGGUGUGGGAUCUGCUUUUAGUUAAUAUAAUUUUUGAACUAUGAUUAGCAUGUUAAAAAAAAAAGAAAGAAAAGAAAAACCUGUAUGCUCUCCUCUUUUUUGGGGUACUGAAGCCUCAAAAUACUCUAGGGUGGAUGUUUUUUGUUUUGUUUUAGUCUGUUUAUUCCUUUUUCUCCACUAAACUAGAUUAAGCAAACAAGCCUGGUCAGUUUUUCUUCUUCCUUCUGACCUGGGCCAACAUGGAUACUUGGUGGUGUUGCUGUGAUUUCUGUUUUUUCAGGAGAAGGCUGACAUCUUAUGUUUGUAUGUCAUCCCCACCCCCAAAUAAUUGGCACACGAUAUAAACAUCGGCCUGACUGCUCCAUGAGAGCAUCCCUGAAGCCCAUUUUAGGAAGACAGCUGAACACAGCGUGUUUGCUCAAGCAAGAUGAGGGCAAUUUAAGAGUGAACAGCCUCUGACUAAGCUGACAAUUAAAAACUGGAUAUUCUGCUUCCCCCUGGAGAGGUCUGCUUGGAACCAAAUCCUGUCUAUGUGUUUGUCACUCUGUCUCUUUUAAUACACUGCCCUGACUUGCUUGCUGUGAAGGGAGUAUGCAUCUGGAGAUCAAAGUUGCUCUUAACUUCAUCAUCUCAUACCUGUACAACAAGCUUCCUCGGAGGCGGGCAGACCUGUUUGGUGAGGAGCUAGAGCGCCUGCUGAAGAAGAAAUAUGAGGGUCACUGGUACCCAGAGAAGCCUCUGAAAGGAUCUGGCUAUCGCUGUGUCCAUAUAGGGGAGACCGUGGAUCCGGUGGUGGAGCUGGCGGCCAAGCGGAGUGGGCUGGCCGUGGAAGAUGUGCGUGCCAAUGUGCCAGAAGAGCUGAGUGUCUGGAUUGAUCCUUUUGAGGUUUCCUACCAGAUUGGCGAGAAGGGCUCUGUUAAAGUCUUGUACCUGGAUGACAGUGAGGGCUGCAGCGCAGCAGAGCUGGACAAAGAAAUCAAGAGCAGCUUCAACCCUGAUGCCCAGGUAUUCGUCCCCAUUGGCAGCCAGGACAACUCACUGUCCAACUCUCCGUCCCCCUCCUUUGGCCAGUCACCUAGCCCCACCUUCAUCCCUCGCUCUGCCCAGCCCAUCACUUUCACUACUGCCACGUUUGCUGCCACAAAGUUUGGCUCUACCAAGAUGAAGAAGGGUGGAGGAGCUGGAGGAGGGGGUGGCGGAGCAGGGGCUGCACAGCAGCCGAGGAUGGUCAGGUCUCCCACUAACAACCUGCUGAAGCACAAGGGCCUCUCCCUGUCUAUGCACUCUCUGAACUUCAUCGGGAGCGCUGGGAGCCAAGCGCCACAGUCGCAGCUCUCCCCCAAUGCCAAGGAGUUCGUUUACAGUGGUGGGUCACCAGGAGCCAGUAGCCUGUUCUUCGAUGGUGUUGCCAGUGAGAGCCAGGCCAGCAACAUCCCACCGGCAUCGCAGUUCAACACCGGCAGCGGGGGUACCUUUGAUAUGGCUCAGGUCUUCGGUGGCAACACCAACAGCCUCUUUUUGGAGAAGUCUCCCUUCGUGGAAGGACUCAGCUACAACCUGAAUGCCAUGCAGUAUCCCAACCAGUCGUUCCAGCCUGUCGUCCUGGCCAACUGAACACAAGGAAGGAGAGUAUUUGGGG